GGUGAGUCGAGUUAGUGUGUGGCCGCCAUGCUAGUGUUGUGGCUGUGUCUUUUAUACGGUGCUGCUGCCGAUCCACAGCACACUCCAGAUCAUGUUCGGACCGAAUCUGAGCAGCUAGAAGAGGACGCGAGAAACUUCCUGCAUGAGUUGGAUGUGAAGGGAUCAGAAGAAUGCACAGUGGCCACCAUGACCAGCUGGAACUAUGCAUCGGAUAUCACAGAGAAGCACAAGAAAGAAAAAGCGGCUGCGGAGCUGAAAUAUGCAGAGUGGGAGAAGGAAGCUUGGGAAAGAGUUCGUAAGUGGAACGGCAAGUGGGAGACCCUGAGUGAUCCCUACCUUAAGAGGCAGUUCAAGUUCAUGUCCAUCCUUGGUACAGCUGCUCUCCCCAAGCAUGACCUCGAGAAGUACAACAACCUGGUGAGGGAGAUGUCUACAGUAUACAGCACACUUGACGAAGAUCUUGCGCACGAGCAGAGACUACGAUGAGCUGGAACACGUCUGGAAGAUGUGGAGAUACAACACUGGUCGCAGGAUCAGAGACCACUACAAACUCUUCGUCAGACUAGCCAACAAAGCUGCUAAACUCAAUGGAUUUGACAAUAUGGGAGAUAUGUGGCUGUAUCCCUAUGAAUCUGAUACAUUCCGUGAUGACUUAGCAGAGUUAUGGCAGCAACUGAAUCCUCUGUACCAGCAGCUACAUGCUUACGUCAGGAGGAAGCUAAGGCAGAAAUAUGGAGAGCAUUACGUGACUCGUCGUGGUCCCAUCCCAGCCCACCUGCUAGGCAACAUGUGGGCUCAAAACUGGGGUCACAUAUAUGACUUGGCUAUACCCUUCCCGCAAAAAGCUUCCCUCGAUGUUACUCCUCAGAUGGUAUCAAAGGGUUACACACCCAGGAGAAUGUUUGAGCUAUCUGAAGAGUUCUUCGUUUCACUCAAUUUGACGAGAAUGCCACCAGAGUUUUGGCAACACUCCAUAAUAGAAAAACCACAAGGACGUGACUUGGUGUGUCAUGCAUCUGCUUGGGACUUCUGCAAUGCCAAAGAUUUCAGAAUAAAGCAGUGCACGGAGGUGACCAUGAACGACCUGAUUACCGUGCACCACGAGAUGGGUCAUGUCGAGUACUUUCUUCAGUACCAAAACCUUCCUAAAGCUUUCCGUGAUGGUGCUAACCCAGGGUUCCACGAGGCUGUAGGAGACGUGCUGGCCUUGAGUGUUUCCACACCAAAACAUCUUCUAAAGAUUGGUUUGCUUAACGAAGUUCAAGACGAUCCUGAGGCGGAUAUCAACUUCCUUUUGAGCAUGGCACUUAGCAAAAUAACUUUCCUGCCUUUUGGAUACCUGAUAGACUUGUGGCGAUGGGAUGUGUUCAGUGGCAAAACUCUUGAAAAUGACUGGAACUGUGCCUGGUGGGAUCUCAGGUAUAAGUUACAGGGAAUUAAGCCUCCCGUGCAACGUUCUGAAUAUGACUUCGACCCUGGUGCGAAAUACCACAUUCCUGGAAAUACGCCAUAUAUCAGGUACUUUGUAAGUUUUGUGGUGCAGUUCCAGUUCCACAAGGCACUUUGCAUAAAGGCAGGAGAGUAUGACCCACUGGAUCCUUCCAAACCACUGCACAAGUGUGACAUCGACCAUUCCACUGAGGCUGGCAAUGCCCUGGGAGAUAUGCUGCAGUUAGGGUCAUCGAAGGAGUGGCCCGAGGCAUUGGAGAUAUUGACAGGCACUCGUAAGAUGGAUGCCUCAGUUAUCAGAGAGUACUUUAAACCACUGGAGCUGUGGCUUGCUAAGGACAAUGAGCGUCAUGGAGAGUUUAUCGGCUGGGAAACUGAUGAAAUAUUGUGCACGUCAGAAGUAGUUAAAAAGACAGCCAAGAGUGAAGAAGGUGUUGCUGCUUCUGAUGGUGUUGUUGUGGGUGGUGGUUCAGCUCCUGGGUCACUCCUGCUCAUCUUCUUCACACUUCUUCAUUUUGUUCAGUUUUGAUUCAAAGUAUCAUUGGUUAAGUUAAAACACGUAGACAUAAUUAGAACUUUAGUAAUAUAAAACAAUAUUUGUUGAUAUAACGUUUAAGCAAUUGUAUUAAACAAAUUUAUCUACAAUAGUAUAGUACGUAAUGAACAUUUUAUUAGGCACUAAAAUACUCUUGAAAAUAUCUAUAUCAAUAUGUAUAUUUUUGUAUUCUACAUAGUUUAUAUUUUUAAGGGACAACUUUUUAUUAACUUCAUAGUUUUGUACAUACAAAGGAUGAAAAAUAUAUUUCAAAAGAAGAGAAAUAUAUUAUUGUAAUUUUGAACAGAUUACUGAGUUGAGACUAUUUUUCUAGUUUUAAAGGAAUUACAACCGUAUGUACCUGACAACUGUACACUCUCCUAUGGUUAAGUGCUAGUACAAUUUUGGAAUAAAUUAUUAUAAUAAUGUAUUUUAAUAUACUAGUGUAUUAUAAUACACUAAUGUAUUAUAAUAAAUUGUAAUGCAUUAUAAUACAUUAAUAGAGCAUAAUACACAUGUAAUACACUAUGCAUUGUAAUACACUAAUGUAUUGUAAUGUAGUAAAUGUUAUUAUACACUAAAUUAAUAAAAUAAUUAUGAUACCAUAAACGGUUCUAACUGGUGAAUAUUUCUGAGGUUUAUAUACUUCUCGGUGUAUAUAUACUGAGGUGUAUAUACACUGAGUUGUAUACUGGGUGUAUAUACACUGAGGUGUAUACUCGGUGUAUAUACACUGAGGUGUAUAUUCGGUGUAUAUACAGAGGUGUAUACUCGGUGUAUAUACAGAGGUGUAUGCUUCUCAGUGCAUAUAUACUGAGGUGUAUACUUCUGUGUAUAUACAGAGAGGUGUAUGCUACUCAGUGUAUAUACACAGAAGUGUAUGCUUCUCAGUUGAUAUACACUGAGAGGUGUAUACUUCUCGGUGUAUAUACACAGAAGUGUAUCCUUCUCAGUUGAUAUACACUGAGAGGUGUAUACUUCUCGGUGUAUAUGCACUGAGAAGCAUAUACUGAGGUGUAUGCUUCUCAGUGCAUAUACACUGAGGUGUAUGCUGCUCGGUGUAUAUACAUUGAGGUGUAUGCUUCUGUGCAUAUAUACUGAUUCUGUGUAUAUACACUGAGAGGUGUAUGCUUCUGUGUAUAUAUACUAAGAAGUGUAUGCUUCUCGGUGUAUAUACAGAGGUUUCUUGCAGCCUUAAUGACCCUUGUAUAGUCUAUAGGCUUUAAAUCCCAUUAACCACAACUUUGCAUCAUUGGUAAUAACGUCAUGUGACCACAUUUACAGAUACAUAUAUUAAUUAAAAAUCAUAUUUACAACACGUAACGAUAGAAAGGUGAAUAAAGCUGACCUAUUAUAACGUAAAUAAUAAUAAAUUAUUUCUAA